CGCGACUCCUAUAUUGCGCAAGAAGCCCGAAAUCAAAUCUGAAAUAGCGGACGAUUUUCACGGUACAGUACAUUAGUUGUGAUUUGUACCUAUUAAAAUAAUCGGUAAAGUCAGUCUGAAGUAUCAAAUCACGAUGGCAGAGCGGGCAGAGCGUCAAGGCAAAGCAGAUGCGAAGAAGUUGGCUGAAAAAUUAGACAAAGACAUUGACGACUUCAUCGAAACUCUCCCGAAAUCAAGAUACAAAGAUGGAUUCUCAGAAGACAACUGGGAAGAGGAAUUUGAUAAGAUUCCACUUUUCAUGAAAGAAGCUCCAGAGAAUAUUGAAGAUUGCCCUGAGCUUCAAGCUUUCCAGCAAAUCAAGUAUGCCUCAGAGGAGAGUACAAAAGAAGAUAAUGCGUUGACUCACAAGAAUGAUGGUAACCAGUGGUUUAAGAAGAAGAUGUACAAACCAGCCAUUACAGCUUACACCGAAGGUCUCGAUCAGAAAUGUGCUGAUAAAGAAAUCAACGCUGUCCUCUACACAAACCGUGCUGCAGCUCAUUAUCAUCUUGGUAAUCACAGGUCUUCAUUAAACGAUGCCAGAGAGGCAUUGAAUCUUAAACCUGACCAUUUGAAAGCCUUCAACAGAACCAUUGACUGCUGUAUGCAACUCAAAGAAUAUGGAGAAGCCAUCCAAUGGUGCGACAAGGCUCUUCAAAUCUAUUCCAGUGAUAAGAAAAUUCAGGAUCUUAGGAUACAAGCAUCAAAACUCAAGAAAUCAGCGGACAAAGAGAAGAGAAAGAAACAGCUAGAGGAGAAGAAGCAGAGAGCUGCGGAAGAGAAACUCAUCGCAGCUUUAAAAGUCAGGAAUCUUCGCUUUGUGAGUGACCCCGUCGAGGGGCAAGACGGGGAGCCCGAAGAGCAAGCCAAGGCGUUUGUAACCUCGCUCGUAUCCAACGAACCCUCUGGGCGUCAUAUGGUCAGCCUGGACAAUGAGGGCGUGCUUCAUUGGCCCGUUAGGUUCCUGUAUCCAGAGCAUGGCCACAGUGAUCUCAUCUCAGCAUUCAAUGAAGACACAAGGUUUGUAGACCACCUAGAGGUGAUGUUUUCAUCGGAGGAAGCCCCUCCUGAAUGGGAUCCAGAAAGAAAAUACCAGGUCACGAAUUUAAAGGUGUAUUUUGAGGAUUAUGAUGAGAGAAAGCUUGUUGAAUUGAAUGCAGAUCUAACCUUGAAAGCAGGAUUGCAACAUCCAAGGUAUCAGAUAAUCGGUGGAGUUCCAACAUUCUUUGUCCUUUCGACUGCAACACCUUAUCAUGAACAGUUCUUAAAGAAGUAUUAAAGUGAGGCAUGUUUUCCCACUUGAACUGAUUAUUACCAUGAAUGUCCAGAUUGAUGGUAGUUUCCAAUAUUCCUCGUCUUUUUAAGAGUAACGGCAUCGUCUUGAAGUAGUACUCCAAAUGAGGCAUGUCAUGUAACAUUGACAUCAUAUAAGCGUGAAGAAAACAAUGACGAGGACAACAUUGACAAAGACGAAGAUGAAGGAGGAGAAUAUGGAGACGUUGUGGUCUAGUGGUUGGAACUCAUUCAAUCUGAGGGACGAGGGUUCAAUUCCCAGCCAUGGCGUGUUUUCCUUCCGCAAAAAAUUAACCCACAUUGUGCUGCACUCAACCCAGGUUAGGUGAAUGGGUACCCAGUAGGAAGAAAUUCCUUGAAUGCUCGAGUGCCUGAUCAAGAUAGCGUUGCUAAAGGAAGGGGUAAUGAUAAUAUAAUCAUGUUAAGCAAGGCCUGCUGGGAGAACAGUUUUCAGAACUGAAGUGGCUACCCUGGGUAAAAUAUGACAUCAUUAUUAUUAUUAUUAUUAAGAAAGAAAGAAGAAGAGGAUAAAAGAAAAAUAAAGAGGAGGAAAACAAAAAAAGAAGAUGGAGGGGAAAAUGUGUUGUCAAAUGCCGUCCUGUCGGAGAAAAAGAGAAUUCUUUGUCGAAAAUUGGUGAAUAAAAAUGGCAGUUUGGUCAUUCUGGAAAAAUGACAGACAUUUUCAAUUUUUCAUCAGCUCUAAAACUUGGUAGAUAGAUAGUGCUGUUUCAGUUCAGCAAAGUUUGACAAAGACUUCUUAGUUGUUCUUUGUCAUUUGACAGGCAUUACACAUGUACACUGUUCUUGUAU